AUGCAGCUCAAGAAUCACCCAUUCCUCUACGUUAGUCUUACCCUUAAUGCCCUAGUGGUCUUUCCAUUGACAAUUCUUCUCUUGAUUGUCAAGCCCGAACGCAUGGUCGAGGUUUACGGACCAGAUUCCGAAGCUCGCCGCAUCUUGGCGUCGAUCUACUUUGCCAUUGGUGUGGCCAGUGUUGCUGCUAUGUUUCGACGUGGCGACAACAUGAUCAACAUGGCCUUUCCAAUCUUUUAUCUUCAGAUCAUUUACAAGAUCAUGACUGCCUUCACGGUUGGAUUCCCGAAUCCAGUCGUCAUUUCCAACGUUGCCAUUUCAGCCUUUCACAUGAUGACCAUGUUCCUUGUGGUGCAACAGCAAAAGGCAAAUCAAGAAGGCUCCGUGGAAGAGGAGAAGGAACAUCCACAAGAAGCUACUUGA